AUGGACGUCGAGGAUGGCAACGCCGCAAGCAGCAACGCCGCAAGCAGCAAUACUGCAUGCAGCAAGGCUGAGGAGAACGACGACGACGAAGAGGACCCCAUUGUCGAGGUCCUAGAUGUGUAUCUACGCCGUUUCGACGAUAUUCUCGACGAAGGAGGCGCUCCCAGCGCGGCUGCUGUCGCGCCAGACGGCGCAGCAGGCGCUAAGAGCAAGGUGUUCGUCUUGCAGUUUCCCUUACGACCUCAAGGGCGGCCUUACGGCGAUCACGGACGGCUCCAGCAAGUGGCGUAUCGCCAGCAGCAGCAGCAGCUGCGCCUCAGCUACGCGUUGCAUGCCGAGGGCCCCAACUUCGAUCACAACCACCCCCUUGCAGCGGCUGGCUCAACGGGGGAGCAAGCUCGACACGCCAGUGGGGUAGUCGGGGGGGGCGGCACGACGCCGCAUGUGCUCAAGAGCCAAGUCGCGAAAGGCAGCGAAUGCAGCUACGCAGUGGGGGUGGUGCGCAACGGCAUCCUGUACUUGACGCCGGCUCAAGGCGUUCUGCAAUUCAAACCAGACUUUGGAGCUUUCGAGGCUUUGCAACACCAGCAGCAAGUCAGCGAGGGUGCUGCCGGAGCACUACCCCCGAAGCAACAGCAACAACAGCUGAUUCAACACAUGGGGGAAAUGCGGACUCGCAUCUCCCAUAGCAGGCAAAGAGAUAUCGAAGAAAGCGAGCCGUGGAUACCUAUCGAGACGUUUUAUGAUGCGGAUACUCCCGAGGCUUUCGACUUGCUUAGUGCUUUGUUCAAUAAAGAUCGAGAGGAUGCGGCGAUCGGUAAUUGUACCUUUUUCGACAGCACUACUGCGCAGAAGCAAGCGCAGCCGCAAGAGGCCGCGCAGCAGCGGCGUCAGCACUGUGACGACAUCGUGUUUGCAUCCGACAUCGUGUCGUAUCUUUCCUCGAUAUGCCGAAGUCAGCAGCAAAACGAGCAGUCAGCAGCGGCUGCUGCGGCUUCUGGACCUCUUAACACCCCGUGCUGGACCAGCCUGCCUGAGCUUCACGCUGCCCUCUUGCUUCGAGCUGUGUGGUGUGCCGCCUCAGGUUUUUCGGAUCAUGAAACAGCUGCACUUGGCGUCUCACGCAACUGUGAAGCGCUUGCUGGCAAUUCCCACGGAGGAGCAGCAGCUGCUGCAGCAACUGCUGCAGCAAUGCUCCCAAGUGCAAGGCAACUGGUGUCUCAAGAGCUCCCUCGCGUGCUCGUCGACGUACGAAGCCACGUGCCGGGAUCUGCUGCUCGCGCUGCUCAUCCGAGACGCUCAGUUGCGGUAUGUGCGUCCUCCUCCUGGCGCUUGAAGCUUCCCCCCGAUGAAGCCUUUCUUUCGGCUCACCCCAAGGUGGCAGCGCACUUUGCGGCCUUUUGGGAAAAUCGUUUGAAAGAGGUCGUCAAGGAGGUUCACGCCAAAAGAGAGGCUGCGGAAUCGCCGUCUACGUGUGUGGUUCCGUCCACGAUCUUUUAUGUAUGUGUUGCUGCACUCCUUCUUGAGGGGUUUUCUAGCCGCUCUGAUCAUGCAUUCACCUUCUUGGCACGCAUGUGCGUUCUGAUUCCAGCGAACGGCCGCUCUACGGGGGCGACCACCCCAGCGCAGCUGCAGCUGGCGGCUCGGGGAGUAAAGGCCAUUCUCUGCGAGUUUGGGGGCCUCUCCCUAACGGAAAUACGAGACAAACUGGUCGAAACAAGCGACGAACUCAAGACACUUACCGAUGACGAGCUCAAGCACGUGCUCCGGGGCAUAGCCCUACAUGUACAGGGCAUAUGGGUGCUGAACUCUUUGGGAAACCCCCAAAUCGAUGAAUUUAGAAGUGCCCUUAUCAGAGUUUUCAGUUCCAGCAGCCCCCCAAAGACGAAAUCGCAAAUUAUUCAAGCCAUAGAAGCAGAUCUUCAACGCCGCGUAUCGCUGCCGGACUUUGCGCUUCGGAAACUCUUACGGGAGUUCGCCAAAAACGAAAACGGGAUGUGGAUCUUCAAAGGCAAUAAUUCGCAAGAUGCAGUGACAGGCGUCUUGGCGCUGACUGCCUGA